AUGCAAAUUGUGGAUUAUGUGCGUUUAAUCUGGAACGUUUCUUCAAGGUUAUAUUGCUUUUAUUACUCACCAUCAUUUCUCCUCCUCUUUCUUCCUCUAUUUUUAUCUUUCCUUUUUCUUCCCAUUCAUCCUUUCAUCCUCUCUGCCAUUAACACUCCCUUUCCAAAUGUACUUAUUCCUUUCACUCUUUUUAGUCUGGGGAAAUUCUUUCAGGGUUUCAUUCUUGGUGCCUUCCUUUUAUUCUUUACCAUAUUCUUUCCUGCUCUUUUAUUCUCUAUUUUUUCUUUUCUCUUUCUUACUCAUACAUUCACUCUUUUUUUCAUAAACACUCUUUUUCCAAAAGACCUUUCUUUCUUUGUCUUUAGUAUAGAACAUUUCUUCAAGACUGCAUUCUUGAUGUCUUUCUUUUAUUCCUUAACAUAUUGCAAAACAACCGCAACACAUAUUAUUUCCUACUCCUCUGUUGUUUUCUUUUUACCCUCUUCAUCAUUAACACUCAAUUGUCCAAACUCCAUUUUCUUUCUUUGUUUUUAUUCUGAAAAAUUUCAAGUUUGCCUUUUUGGUGUCUUCCUUUUAUUCCUUAACAUUUUCUCUUGCUUCUUUCAUGCUCGACUUUGCUCUUUUUUCUUUAUUCCCACUCAUUCUUUCACUUUUCUUCAACAACACUCGCUAGUCUAA